AUGAAGCAGAGGGUCGCCAAGAAGGGAGGGCGAGGCAAGGCCUCGACUUCCACCAAAAAAAAUGACUAUCGCAACAAAAAAAGCCGCAACGUCAAGGCUCAGUCUCACCAUGACGAUGAUGACCUGUCUGACGUCGAGGCGGAGUACCUCGAGGACAUCCCCGAGGCUAUCGCAAAGCAGAUCCACCAGCUGGCCAAUGAGAACGACCGCGAGUCUCGCAAGGUGGCAUUGGCCAACGACGCUGAAUUCCUGGAGCAGGAUGCGCUUAUUUCCGACACACUAAAGGAUAUCUCCGGUUUCAUGCCGGAGAAGGAUGUGCCCAACAGCAGCGUCGAGAUCGGGCAGCUCAGCAAGGUCCUGUUCAAGUCUGCCUCCCAAGAGGAUGAGCAACUGAGCAAGAUCAGAGAGCUGUACACGUCAAUUGGCGUGUACCUCUCCAAAUUCAAGAGUGGUAACUUGCCCAAGGCCUUCAAGGUGCUCCCCAAUUUUGAGAACUGGGAAGAGCUCGUGGGUCUCACGUGCCCGGAGAACUGGACGCCCAACGCCAUGUACCUGGUCACACACAUAUUCGCCUCUAAUAUGACCGACUCCAAGGUUGAGAUAUUCUACAACAAAAUCCUGUUGCCCACGAUACGGAAGGAUAUCCGCAACGGGAAAAAGUUGAAUUACCAUCUCUAUAUGGCUCUAAAAAAGGCCGUCUUCAAGCCGGUGGCGUGGUUCAAGGGUAUAAUUGUGCCCAUGGUCGAGGAGGGUUGCAGUUACAAGGAGGCUGCCAUCAUCGGCAACGUGCUGCGCCGAAUAUCGAUCCCCGUGUUGCACGCAUCCGCGUUCAUUCUGCGCCUGUGCCAGUGCCAGAAGUGGUUCGGAAGCAGCAGUUUCAUAAUGUCAAUUCUGCUGCAAAAGGGGUACAAUCUGCCUAAGAAGGUGGUCGAGGAAUGCGUUCGCUACUUUUGCAAGUUCGAGGGGUUCGAGGACCAGCUGCCCGUCAUCUGGCAUCAGUCACUCUUGACGCUGGUGACGAGCUACAAGCACUACUUCAGCACCGAGGACUACGCGCGUAUUCAGAAGCUAAUACGAGUUCACGCUCACGCGCAAAUCACGCCGGUGAUCAGUCACCUGUUAUCGUGCACUGUAAACGAAGUAGAAAUGUAG